ACUCAACUCGACACGCAGCUCUUGCUUCCAUGCCGCUCUCGAAAUCGUAAAACGCUCCAAAAAUGAAGCAAUAUCAUAUCAUAUCAUAUCCCAUGAAUGAUGAAGUCUCCGUCUCUUUCACCCUCGCUCGAAUCAUCCCUUCAUAAAGUCCGUUCCUUUCCCUCCAGAUUCGUUCCUCACUCUGUUCUCUGCUGCGGGUCCUUUAGCUUUUGUUAGUUUCAAGCUUCAAUGGCCACUUUUGUUUACUCCCGGCAACGAAUCAGCAUGCUCCAAUCACCCUUCUGUGAAACUAACUCCGCUAAUAAGCUUGCGCCGUUCUCCUACACCGGCGUUGCCGUUAACAGUUCCGGGCUCGGUGCUUCUCAGGUUCUUCAUAUGGGGGUGAAGUCGAGUAAACUGGCAUCGGGUUGCUAUGGGCGAGGACUCUCUGGGAAGACGAGGGGUGGGGUUGAUUCUUGCUGGACCAAAGUCUAUGGUCGUCGUGCUCAAGAACGUGUCCUUGAGGAGGAAGCCCCACAAACAUCAGAGGCUCCGGGGCCCUUCAAACUAUUUCCAGGGCAGGCAUUUCCUCUAGGGGUGUCGGAAGUCGACAAUGGGAUAAAUUUUGCUGUAUUUUCUCAGAAUGCCACUGCAGUCACACUUUGCCUCUCACUUCCGAGCAGUGGAAAGGUUGGCACAUCAGAUGAUGGAAUGAUAGAGCUGGGUUUGGAUCCUCGUGAGAAUAAAACUGGAGACAUUUGGCACAUAUGCAUAGAGGGUUUGCCUCGUCGUAGCGUUCUCUAUGGUUAUCGAAUGGAUGGUCCUCGAAAUUGGCGUGAUGGGCAUCGAUUUGACAGCAACAUCAUGCUCAUCGACCCUUAUGCAAAACUCGUGGAAGGGCGUCGCAUAUUUGGAGAUUCUAGUCAAAAGUUGUCCAAGUUUAUGGGGACUUAUGAUUUUGACAGCUUGCCGUUUGACUGGGGUGAUGAUAUCAAGUUGCCUAACAUACCUGAGAAAGAUCUUGUUAUAUAUGAAAUGAAUGUUCGUGCAUUUACAGCUGAUGAAUCUAGUGGCUUAGAUGUAAAUACACGUGGCAGCUACCUCGGGGUGAUUGAAAAGAUCCCUCACCUUUUGGAGCUUGGAGUCAAUGCAGUUGAAUUGCUGCCUGUCUUUGAGUUUGAUGAAUUUGAGUUUCAGAGGUGCCGAAAUCCCAGAGAUCAUAUGAUCAAUACGUGGGGAUACUCCACGAUAAACUUCUUUUCUCCUAUGAGCCGAUAUGCAAGCUCUGGCGGGGGGCCCGUUAAUGCUUCCCAGGAGUUCAAGGAAAUGGUUAAAGCGUUGCACAACUCUGGAAUCGAGGUCAUUUUGGAUGUUGUCUACAAUCACACGAAUGAGGCUGAUGAUGAACAUCCUAACACUACUUCAUUUCGUGGUAUAGACAAUAAGGUUUAUUACAUGUUGGACUUAAAUAACGGUGGCAGGCUUUUAAAUUUUUCUGGCUGCGGAAAUACAUUAAAUUGUAACCAUCCUGUUGUCAUGGAACUCAUCCUUGACAGUUUGAGGCAUUGGGUUACUGAGUACCAUGUCGAUGGAUUUAGAUUUGAUCUUGCAAGUGUUCUGUGUCGAGGAACAGAUGGUUCGCCACUUAGUGCGCCGCCCUUGAUAAGGGCAAUUGCCAAGGAUGCUACCUUAUCACGGUGCAAAAUCAUUGCGGAACCAUGGGACUGUGGAGGCCUUUACCUUGUUGGGGGAUUUCCUAAUUGGGACCGAUGGGCUGAAUGGAACGGGAAAUACCGCGAUGAUAUGAGACGGUUUAUAAAGGGUGAUGCUGGUAUGAAGGGAAUUUUUGCCACUCGGGUUUCAGGGUCUGCAGACCUGUACAAGGUCAAUAAGCGGAAGCCCUAUCAUAGCAUAAAUUUUGUUAUUGCACACGACGGGUUUACACUAUACGACCUUGUGUCCUACAAUUUUAAGCAUAAUGAUGCUAAUGGAGAGGGUGGAAAUGAUGGGUGCAACGAUAACUACAGUUGGAAUUGUGGCGCCGAAGGAGAGACCGAUGAUGCCAAUAUUAAGGCCCUACGCUCCAGGCAGAUGAAAAACUUCCACCUGGCGCUAAUGGUCUCUCAGGGAACGCCAAUGAUGAUGAUGGGAGAUGAAUAUGGGCAUACAAGGUAUGGGAAUAACAACAGCUACGGACACGAUACUGGUAUUAACAAUUUCCAAUGGCGUCAAGUGAGUUGUCUUUUUUUCCUUCCCAUCUCUCUGUUUCUCCGCUGUAUCCAUAUAAAUUAUGAUGAUCAAUCACAUGACAGUAAAAUAUAUUAUAUCCUUUCUCUGAGACAGUUGGACGAGAGGAGGAAAAGCCACUUCAGGUUCUUCUCCGAGGCGAUAAAGUUUCGGAAGACGCAUUCUGUGUUUCGCCAUGAAGAUUUCCUCAAGAAAGGUGAUGUGAAAUGGCACGAGGACAACUGGGACAACCCCGAGAGCAAGUUUCUGGCAUUCACGCUUCAUGGAGAAAAUGGAGGAGACAUUUAUUUAGCGUUCAAUGCCCACGAUUACUUCGUUAAAGUUUCGAUCCCGCCACCUCCCCAGAACAGGAGCUGGUACCGUGUGGUGGACACUAACCUAUUCUCACCGGACGACUUCAUCUCCGAGGGCGUUUCGGGCAUCGGAAGCACCUACAAAAUCGCGCCCUACUCUUCAAUUCUUCUUGAAGCGAAACCUGCUGCAUAAUAUUCUAUCAUUGCAUCGCGGAAGUGUGGGAACAGGAAUAUCAAGCCAGAAGUUCGUGCACUCGAUGGCAAGCCGAAAUUAAGGAUGCUAUCCACAGAGACCCAUUGGCGAAUCAUAUUAUGUCACAAUGACAGUCAUCUUGUAUAAUAGUUUGAGAAUACGUAGUCUAUAUGAAAAUCGUACUUGGGAUAGCAAUUGAAAGACUCGGUGAGUUGAUGCUAUCUUGCAAAUAAAAAUUGAAGAUGGAACAUAUUAUAUCACACAA